UUUUUUUUUUACUUACUUCUUCUUACACGUCCUUCUCCUAUUCCUUCUUCAAUUAAUGGAAACUAGUUCAAUAGAAACCAUAGUAUGCUUAGUUCCUAACAAAGAACAGAAUGAAGGAACGAUACCAACCACAUCAAACUAUCCUUUAAAACAGCAAUUUAUGGCCAGUCCAGUACAUGAUAGAUUUCAACUGUUUUUAAAUGGUAAAGAUAAAGAAUUUUCUUGGAAUGUCAAGGAAUGUAUUACACCACAAUUAAAUGAAGCAAGUAUUCAAGAACAAAAACGAUUAAUACAACUUGUUUUAAAAGGUUAUAAUGCUACUUGCUUAUUAAUAAGUGCAGGAGAUACAAAUAGUCUUUAUCAACAACGAAAAGCAGAUACUGAGAGAAUUCUUAAUCUCUUAAAUGAAGCCAUCUCAAAAAACACAAAUACAAUUCUUAUCGAAUAUUCUUAUUUUGGUAUAACAGAUGAUUAUAUCUAUGACUUUAGAAAAGAACGUGAAAUUUCGAAUAGCGCAUUUUUCGAAAAAAGGCAAGAUGCAUUUAUGAAACGAGUUGAAAAGAUACCCACUAUUUGGAAUAAAUUAAAAAGAGGAUCAAAAUUGCCUUUUAUUUUAAAUAUCAAAUUGACAAACACAACAAAGUCUAUACAGAGUCGACUGCAGAUUGUAGACAUGUUGCAUCCACCAUUACCUAAUGAUACAUUUUACCAUUCAUAUUCAAGUUUGGUGGGGCUGAUAAAUAAGAUUAACUCAAGUGAAUCUGUACAUUUAAAUUCGGAUUUUUAUGUUUUAACAGAUGUCUUGUCUAAAAAUAUGUGUGGACAUGAUGCAUUAACCGUUUUUGCUUACUUUAAUGAGUAUGUAGUUGAUAAAUACAUAUCAGAUAUAGUUUCUUGCUUAGAUCUUUCUGCAUCAUUAAAUAAAAUCAAAGUUUGUCUAUUACCAAAUACAUCCGUUUAUCAGACCAUUGAAUACAAAAAAAUAAAAGUAAAAUGUGAUACAUUAGAAACAGCAGUAACUGAAUUAACAAAAGAGAAAAAAGAUAUGGAAGAGCGCUUAAAGAUAAAAGAAGACCAAGCUCAGUAUUUAGAAUGUACAUACCGUGAAUUACAACAACGUACGUCACCCAUCAUUCAACAAUUAAAACAAAAUCUAGCUUAUGAACAAACAGCUUCUAGUCUACAACAAUUCAAGAUACAGGAACUUGAAUUAAGUCUCAAACGAGAAGCAGAAAAACGACAAUCCUUUAUGAACAAUGAUAUGAUUGCCUUAAAAUCCCAACUUGUAGCCACAAAACGAUCUUAUGAGGAAUCACAAACUAAAGUCACCAAACUUCAACGUGAGCUUGAUGAUCGUCAAUUACAAAUCUAUCGACUUGAACAGGAAAAAUUAACUCAAGUACAAUUACGACAACAAGAACAGCAGCAACUCAUGAUGUUGAAUAGCGAUGCUCAUCGAUUUGAACGUGAUAUUAAACAAAAUUAUAAAGCAAAAUACGAAGAAAAAUUUAAUCAGAUGUAUAGCGAAUUUCAAAGGAAAAUUAAACAAGUUGAACGAAAGUAUGAAAAGGAGAUUAGUCGAUUAAAGCAAGUGUUUGAAGAAGAUAUUAAUUUAGUAAGGGAAACAGAAAGGGCAAAUUAUAACCCUGAAGUGGUAGAUAAACUUCGACAAAAUUUGAAAGAUUUGCAUCUAAAGAAUAUAGAUCUAAGGAAUGCGAAUGCUGAAUUAAAAUUUAAAUUAAAACAAUCCGUUGAAAAUAGUAACAAUAUGAGUGAUAAUUCACGAUCUGAAAAGACAAUAGAAAGAAGAGUUAAUACGGAACAUGAAGGAGGGAUAGAAUCUUUGAAAAGACCUAAACAUAAUAAUGAAAAAGAGUUGAUAACAGAAGAAGGAGAUGGAUCUAAAGAUGAAGAAAUUGAGCAGGAUGAUACAAUAGAGCUAGCAAAAAGAGUCACCAUGAAAAGUAGUAAUAAGAAAGCCGAGGAACAAGAUAAAUCGGAUAAUGAUGAAAAUGAGAAUGAGAAUGAUUCGGUAAAUAAGGAUGAAGUAGUAGACCUAACUGGUUAACACCAGAGAAAAUGUCUGAGCUAUCAGAGAAUGAAAAUACUGUAGAGACAGCAAAGAGACCUUCAAGACGUAAUAAUAAAAGAGCUGAAAAGCCAAGUGACAAUCAAGAAAUCAAUGAAAUAAAUCAAGAUACAAGUAAUACUGACAAUAAUAAUAAUAAUAAUAAUGUGACAUCAAAGAAGCCUAAAACAAAACGCACAACUAAGAGAAAUUCUGGGAAAUCGAAAGAAGCACCAGAUGAUACAGAACAGGAAAACAAUGAAGAUGAUGAUUUUGCUCCUGUGAGGACUCCUAGAAAACGUAAGAAUAGAAGUAUGUCAAAAAAAGACAAUGAAAAUAAUGAAAGAAAAAGAAAGGCUCCAGACGAAGAAGCUGCACCUGUAGAGCAAAUAAGGAAUAAAUAAAAUUUUUUGUUAAAAUAA